GGGACCAAACGAUAGCGGAAUAGAUAUAAUUUGUAAUAUUAGAGGAAUUAAGCUUAUAAUUCAGUGCAAUAAUUCAAUAGGACCCGCCAUCGUUCGUGAGCUUAAGGGUGUGGUGGACAAAGAACCAGAUUCGAUCAGAAUUUUG